GGAAACGGGGAGAGAGAGAGAAGAGGAAGAGAUGAUGUCUGUUCAUUUUCAAGUCCUGUCCUUCACUCGAUUUCUGAUUUUCACCCUGAAUACAAGCUGGAAUUUAACGGACCUUCCUGGAAAUACGCAUAUACAUCAUUGGUGUUAACAGUUUGGAUUUACAUAACAAAAAUGGACUGCCCAUCAAGACAACAUGGAUCAACACCUUUUCUAGUAUUUAAAGGAUUCAUUUUGUAACAUAAAGGUGCACUGGUUGUUGUGCCAUACAAGGGUUGGAACCAAACUGUGUAAAUACACCUCCCUCCCCUCAUUUAAACCUACUGCCUCAUGCGUGUUUUGGCCGACAGUUGAAGAUACACUGUCCAUGAUAUGACUGGCUCUAUAGGUGACCAUCGCACCUACUAUGAUGGAAUCUGGUCUGUCACCUUCCUCAGACCCUUUUCUCCUCAACACCAACAACUUUAUCAACGUCAGCAACAAAAGCUGGAGUGGCCUCCUCGAUGCUGACCCACUGAGGAGCAACCACACGCUGACUCUCAACGACCGCUUCCACAACGCCCUGCUGGGCGUCUGCCUGGGACUACUUUCUCUACUCACAAUCAUGAUGAACCUGCUCGUCCUCUACGCCGUGAAGAGAGAGAAGAGCCUCCACACCGUCGGGAACCUCUACAUCGUCAGCCUGUCUGUGGCAGAUCUGAUCGUGGGGACCACAGUUAUGCCUCUAAACCUGGUGUAUUUGUUGGAGGACGAAUGGAAGCUGGGACGGGCUGUCUGCCAAUUUUGGCUUAUCAUGGACUACGUGGCGAGCACAGCCUCGAUAUUCAGCUUGUUUAUCCUGUGUUUGGAUCGUUACCGCUCUGUCAGACAGCCGCUUAAGUACCUCAAGUAUCGAACACGGGGAAAGGCCAGUGUGAUGAUAACUGGAGCCUGGCUGCUCUCAAUGAUGUGGAUUAUUCCAAUUUUAGGAUGGAGGUCUUUCACUAAUGUAGAGCUUAAACCUGAGGAAGAAAACAAGUGUGACACUGAUUUCCGCUUCGUCACGUGGUUUAAGGUUAUCACUGCCGUCUUCAACUUCUAUGUGCCCUCGAUUUUGAUGCUGUGGUUUUACACGCACAUCUACUUGGCAGUAAGGCAACAUCUCAGGGACAGAGAGAGAAUUAUUCAUCCCACAGACUCAUUUGGGGAAAAUGGGAAUGGACAAAAUGCCCAAUCGGCAGUGAAAAAUGACUCCAAAUCACCCAAGAGGGAAUUUGAAGUUCCAAUAAAACUGUCUAAAAAACAACGUUUGUUGGACCAGAACACUUUAGACCAGCCAUAUUCUCUCGAGGAUCCCGAUAAAUCUACAACUGCUUCAUCCAGAUCUCACAGGAAAAUUGGUGUCAAGGGCCAGCAGACGUCAUUGCUUGCCAUGACAACAAAGCGACUCAGAAUGACAAAAAAGGUGAAAAGUUGCUCGUUGUCUCCUGAGAAGCAGCCAGACACUGAGAUUCCCCUCAGUCAAUCUUCGAUGCUACAGGAUGUAAUUUGCUCGGAGGCGAACAAUGAGAACAAACUUCAAGCGUCUUUAAAUGAAUGUCACGUCACAGUGCCAAAGUCAGUGAGUGGUGUCUGUGAUAUCAGUCAGGUUUCAGACGUGCAGAGAUACACUUCUGUGCUCUGCAACAACUACGACCCCGGUCAGGCUCAGUCCUGGACUGAGGAAGGGGUCGAAGAUGCUAACUUGAACCCAGCUAAUGCAGUGACUCUGAGACAGACGUGGCAAAGAUUUAUCGGCCAAUCACGUCAGCGUAUCCAAAGCCUGAGGAUCCAUAAAGAGCACAAGGCAGCCAAGCAGCUGGGCUUUAUAAUCGCUGCUUUCUUGUUGUGUUGGAUACCAUACUUCAUAACUUUCAUGGUCAUGGCGUUCUGCAGAGAAUGCGUGCACCAUGACCUUCACAUGUUCACAAUAUGGUUAGGUUACAUCAACUCCACUCUCAACCCUUUCAUUUACCCGCUCUGCAACGGGAACUUCAAACGAGUCUUCAAAAAUAUACUUAACAUUCAUUCGUGACAGGCAGAGCAAAGAAGCAGAUAUUCGAAUGAGAAGGGAGCAUCUGUUGCAUUAAUUAAAUAUCUCAAACAGCCUUGUGAGAUUUUUAAGUGUAGAUAAAACUGUAAAUGUAUUUUGAACGUCAGUUACUUCAGUUUGUUCUAAAUUUUAUUUUUGUAACUUACUGCCCUCCGAUUUCGGACUCAUGGCAACACUGAGGAAAAUGUCUGACUUUAAUGUUAUUUAUUUUGUCUAUUUUAUGUCUCAGACCACAGACCUUUAAACUCAAAAGAAUGUAAUCUCUCACCCUUGUAAAGAGGAAUGGCGACUCUAUAUUGGCUCUGGUCCAGAGCGAAGGGAAAUAUGUCCAAAAUGUGUUUUUAAAGAAAACCAUAUUUAUUUUUGCACUUUCAGUGUACAGGA